ACCUCUGCAGAAAUUGGCAUCGCCGAUUGAUGGGAGCCCUAAUUCUUCUCAAAUCGACAAAUGUUCUUCCUCUUCAAAAUCAAAUGAGUCUCAAAUCUCAACAAGAUGAAGCAGCUCCAUCGCCGAUCUCUCUUACGACCCAAUUUCCUCCUCAAUGUCAUGCAAGCCUCCACCUCCACAAGCGUCCAUGCCGCCAACCAAUUCGAUGACGAUAGUUUCGUCGCCAUCGUCUGCGGCAUCAUCCGAGGCAAACAAAGCUGGAAAAUCGCCUUCAACGCCCGUUCAAUUUCAAUCAACUUAAGGCCGCAACACGUCGAGAAGGUUUUAAUCCAAACCCUAGAUGAUUCCAGGUUAGCAUUACGUUUCUUCAACUUUUUAGGCCUCCAUCAUAACUUCAACCACAGCACCUCAUCGUUUUGCAUUCUGAUUCAUUCUUUGAUUCAGUCCGGUCAUGUUUGGCCGGCUUCUUCCCUUUUACAAACGCUCAUACUUCGCGGCUCAAACGAACCUAUUUUUGUUUUUGAGUCUCUUUUGGUUGCUCUUAGAGAAACGAACUUCUCAUCUACGUAUGGAUUUGAUUUACUGGUUCAAACUUAUCUUCGUUACAAAAGAGUGUUGGAUUCAGUCAUUGUUGUCAGGCUUAUGAGGGAUUUCAGUAUUAAACCCGAGGCCAGAACAGUCAGUGCUGUUCUGAAUGCUCUAAUCAGAACUAAGCAAUUUGAACUUGCUUUGAAUCUAUUCGACGAGGUUUCAACUGCAGGUUUACAGCCCGAUCCCUUCAUGCUAACUGCAGCAAUCAAAUGCUUAUGCGAAUUGCAAGAUUUAGAAAGGGCUAAAGAAAUGGUUAAGGAGAUGGAGGAAUCAAAUGUAUGUGAGUUGAAUAUUGUAACAUAUAAUAUCCUCAUUCAUGGCCUUUGCAAAGGCAAUAGAGCCUUGGAGGCGAUUGAGAUCAAGAACAAUUUGGGUAGAAAUAGACUAAAUCUGAAACCCGAUAUUGUGACAUACUGCACAUUGAUAUUCGGUUUAUGCAGUAUAAAAGAAUUGAAAAUGGCAGAAGAUUUAACAAUCGAGAUGUUGGAACUAGGUUUUGUUCCAAGUAGAGAGGCAUCGGAUUGUCUUGUUGACCAGUUGAGGAGAACUGGGAGAUUUUUAGAUGCUUGCGGUUUAGUUACAAAGUUUUCGAAAUUAGGGUUAACGGUUAUCAGCUCACAUGUUUAUAAUGCAUUGAUUUGUUGUCUAUGUGAAAAUGGAAGUUUAGAUGAAGCCGAAGACAUGAUAAGGUACGGUUUGGGUUUGGGACAACUCCCAAGCGAUGUUACUUGUGAAACGAUGAUAAGUUCGUUUUGUAAAGUAAAUAUUUUCGAACGGGCAUUUGUUCUCUUCGGAAAAUUGAAAGAGGCGGGCAUGAAUCCGACAGUAUUAACUUACAAUUCAGUAAUUAAUGGGCAUUGUAAAUCAGGAAACUUAAGCUUAGCUGAGUCACUCUUCGGGGAAAUGAUUGAUAAUCGAGGGGUUCCUCCAAAUCUAGUUACCUAUACGUCGUUGAUAAGUGGAUUCGUCAACCUUGGGCAUAUCGAUAAGGCGUUUAGCUUGUAUCAUGAGAUGACUGGGAAAGGUAUAUCCCCUAAUGUCUACACAUAUACUUCACUUAUUUGUGGUCUUUUUCGAGCAAAAAUGGUGACUGAAGCUGACAAAAUGUUUCGAGAAAUGAAGGAAUCUGGUGUUAUUCCGAACGCAGUAACUUAUAACGUUAUGAUAGAUGGAUAUUGUGAAGAUGGCGAAAUUUCAAAAGCCUUUGAAUUAUUUAACGAAAUGGUCGGAAAUGGACUUAAACCAGAUAACUAUACUUAUCGGGCUCUCAUAGGCGGGCUUUGCUCAACCGGAAACCUCUCCGAAGCAGAAAAACUCGUGAAAGGCCUUGGAGAGAGUAAAUUUAAGUUAAACGAGAUUUGUUAUACCGAACUUCUUCAUUGUUAUUGCAAAGAAGGACGGUUGAAAGAUGCAUUAGCCCUUUUCCGAAACAUGGAGGUCGCAGAUCUCAUUUGCUAUUCAGUUCUUAUCCACGGCUCUCUUAAACAAAACGAUGCGCAAACAUUUUUACAGUUGCUGAAGAAGAUUCACGUUCGCGGAUUAAAACCCGACAUAAUAACGUAUAGCGGUAUGAUUGACACGUAUUCCAAACGAGGAGAUUUGAAGAAAGCAUAUGGAGUUCUCGAUAUAAUGGUAACUGAAAGAUGUGCACCUAAUACGGUUACAUACACGUCUUUGAUAAACGGACUGUGUAAAGUAGGGUUUCUAGAUUCGGCCGAGAAGCUUCUUAAGGAAAUGGUUAGGUCAGGCUCGACCCCUAACGAAUUCACCUACGGUUGUCUCCUUAACGGGCUCACGAAAAACGGAAGCAUUAACAAGGCAGUGGAAUUGCACGGUUUUGUUAUCGGAAAUUAUUUGGCGAAUGCGAUCACUUACAAUAUAUUGAUUCGCGGGUUUUGUAGAGUUGGUCGAGUUGAGGAAGGAAUUGGGAUUUUAUUGGAUAUGGUAAAGAAUGGGAUAAGUCCAGAUUGUAUAAGCUACUCAACCGUUAUUUUCGAGUAUUGUAAGAAUGGCUGUUUGAGUGAGGCUUUGGAAUUGUGGAAUAAGAUGAUGACGACAAAACGUAUUGUUCCCGAUGUAAUUGCGUAUAAUAUUUUGAUUUACGGUUGUUGUCUUGCGGGGCGUAUUGCAAAGGCGAUUGAAUUGCGAGACGAGAUGGUGAGAAUGGGAUUGAAACCUAAUCAGGCUACAUAUAAUGCUUUUUCAUGUAGAAGUAGCUCGGGAAGAUUGCUCCCGAUCUCGGGUGGUUAGACUAGACGCUGUAUUUUUUUUACCCUAUAGGUAGAUUUUUUUUUUGGGGUACAUUAUGUAACAAUAUGUACUGGAUGGGCAAAAUGUCACAUAAUUUUAUUAU